AUGACAUCUCCCCAAACAGCUGCUGACGUAGUCGCGCUUCUCGAGGACCCAAAUCCUCAAUGGUACGAGCCAAGCCCAGCCGUGCCGGCACCCGAGGGUGAUGAAGUGCCGCCGUACGUCGUCGUGGACGUCCCGGGUCGGGGCAAGGGUGUCAUCGCGACGCGCGACAUCCGCAAGGGGGAGGUGGUCAUUGCCGAGCCAGCUACGAUGAUCAGCAUGGCACCUCCGCGGGGCAUCCUUCCGAGGCGCCUCGACAUACUGGCACAUACAGGCUUUGAGAACCUGGCGCAAGCGCAGAAAAAGCGAGUUUCGGAAAUGGCAACGCUUCCAGGACAUGACUUUGUCUGGGGAAGAUUUGACACAAACGCGUUUAGUGUGUACCUCGCUGGCCGUGAAGACCAUCGGGGACUCUUCCCUGAAGUUGGAUUAUUGCAUAUCGCGACAUCAAGGGUGGAGAGGAACUAA